AUGGAGCAUAAGGAUAAUGUUACUUUAUUGCUUUUACAAUUGCUGCUGUAUAGGCAGCAAGAAUUGGUUCAUAACAAUAGGGCAUUAGACUAUGAAAGGUUGUUAAUGAACCCGACUGUAGAUGAGGAAGUGUUAAAGAGAUUUACCAGGCACAAGCUUGUUCGCUUAUAUUGUCCGUAUAUAUGUGAUAUCCAAUUACGUGGGAUGAAGAGCAUUGUACAGGACAUAUUUACGAAGGGUCUGAAAGAUAACAAGGGCAACGUGCCUGUAACACUGGUAACCCUGGCAAAUCAUUACUACAGGCAGAGAAUACAGCAAUUAGAAAAGGAGGAACUUCCGAAAUUAAAAGAACUGAUACAGAGUAACUUAAAUGGAUGA